AAAAUAGCGAAAACAUCUCGGCCAAGGUUUAAAAUAUGGUUACGGUUAGGGUUUAUGGUUAGUUAACGUAAUAUGUUAACGUGGAUUUUAGAACUGACGUGAUAGUUUAAAAAAAAAACGACGACCACAUGGACACGCCCUAGCACGUCAUCACUCAGGGGAUUCAGGCCACGUUUCAGAGCUCAGGUGUGUUUCUACUCGACGUCAUGGCUACUGGACGUGGUCGCUUCUUGUUGAGUCUGAGGCAGGGGUUAGAGAAGACUCAUCCAUGUAGUCAUGAAGGAAGCUCAAGAGGAAGCAAAAAGAAAGAAACUGCAGGCGGUGGCCGCAGCAGGAGAGGUAGGUGUGAGAACACCAAACCAGCUCCACUACCACUUCCAGUUGUAUAUUGUCCUGCCCCGUCCUGGUCCUUCCCUGCCUCCUCCUCCAGUGAAAAUUACUUUAAACGACUGCCACCUGAGAUCAUCCUGAAGAUUUUCUCGUACUUGGACGCAGCGUCUCUCUUCUCUGUCGGUUUUGUUAACAAGCAGUUUCACGAGCUGGCUAAUGACAAUGUGAUAUGGUACGAGUUGUACUCCUUUGAGAUGUGCAGGACGAAAAGGAGGCCGGACUCUGUAAGCACCGAUGCGCAGGAUGUCCCGGCGGCCGUAUGGAAGAAGCUGCUGUUCAGUGAAAUGGGCUGCAGCAAGGACGCUGUGUGGAAGAAGCAGCUGAGAAAUGUGGACCUGAACACAGGCAUGCCAGAGCAGACGGAGCAGGUCCUUAGGAGACUGCGUGUAGUCUGGGAGAUCACACUUACCUUUAAGCGAGGGAAGCAGAGAGUGUACGAGCAGUCUCGGUCCUUUUCCUCAGACUCGUCUGUCACCGUGUGCUGGAGCACCGGCGUGUGGCCCAGAAUUCACCAUGUCUAUAGCAUGGAGCUCCACGGAGUCUUAGGUUCUCCAUCCUCCAAAACAGCCAAUGUUUGUGUCUGGUUCAGGCCACCGUGGCGCUCUCUAAUCAGUAAAACAGUGGUGAGCAGGAUAGUGAGGUGGCAGUACAUUGGGGCGGACAGCCUGGUGAGGCUGGUGCAGUUUGAUGGAGGGAUCACUGUGGGGAUAUGGAGAGGCACGUCGAUAAUCGCCUUCAUCGUGGCCACCUUACACUUCCACCGACUGGUGGAGAGAAGCGUUCUCGGAUCGCUCUUCUGCCCCUACAGGCCAGAGGAGUUCACCCCUCUGCACAGUGACGUGCCCCUGGGUUUCCAUGGUUACACUGUGCUUCUGCUGCUUCACAACUCAGUGAGAUGCAUCAUGCAGUGCCGUUACUCACCUGUUCCCUGCACCAGAGAUGAUCUCCAUGGUGAAUUUUUGCAGCUUCGCCCUGUUCACGGCGGCACGUCUGAGAAACAGACGCCCAUCUCAGGGAGGAUCAGUUUCCCCUGGAAGGUCGGCGAGCUGCGGGGAGACAUCAAGAACUGCUGUGUGAUGACGGUGUCCGUGCUGGACGAGGCUCUGAGGCCGGUGUGGUGCAUCAGCUCAUCAGCUGCUGUCCUCCCCGGUCACUCCCGUGUGGUAAGUGAAACCUACAAUGGCGAGCAGCUGGCGCUGAGGUACGACGACCCCGACGGGAAGCUGAAGAUGACCCUGGUGUGGAUGCAGGACCUGCAGCUGUACUUCCUGGUCAGCCUCAACAUCCAGAUCCGUGUGAGGAAAGUGAACACACGCUUCCACAAAGCCGUUAAGGACCAAUUCUAAACAAAUGUUAGUCACUUUUGAGUUUUAAUACUUGUUUUGAAAGUCAUUACCUGAUUUUAGCUAGAUAUGCUAGACUGUUUGGUUAAAUCUGGACACAGAGGUCUGCUGAUUUUGUUUGUUUGUGUUUAAGUCUGUCUGAGUGUCGCUCAGAUUGUAUAAAGUUCCUCUAAAGUGUUUUUUUUGGUCUCACUGCUGCUUGGAAACUUUCUGUUGUGUUGCGAAGUAAAUAAAGUGAGACUCUGAACACA